AUAUUCAAAGCCGUGUUUGUUGUUCACUGUUCUGUUUAUUCCAAAUUCCAAUUCCAUAAAUUCCAAAAAAACCAUCAUACAUACAUACAUAACCUGCGGCAAACACCUCCACCGCAAAUAAUGGCUAGUCAAACCAGCGGUAACCGUGAAAUAAGAGGAGUAAUCCUACAGGGUGGUCAAUACGUCCGUUAUAAUGUAUACGGUAACUUAUUUGAAGUUUCAACUAAAUACGUUCCUCCUAUUCGUCCAAUCGGUCGUGGUGCUUAUGGCCUUGUUUGUGCUGCUAUAAAUUCAGAGACACGUGAGGAAGUUGCGAUUAAGAAAAUAGGAAAUGCAUUUGAUAAUAGAAUUGAUGCAAAGAGGACAUUGAGAGAAAUUAAGCUACUUCGGCACAUGGAUCACGAAAAUAUUAUUGCAAUCAAAGACCUCAUAAGACCGCCAACCAAAGAGGCUUUCAAUGAUGUGUACAUAGUUUAUGAAUUAAUGGAUACAGAUCUUCAUCAGAUUAUUCGGUCUGAACAGCCCUUGACAAAUGAUCACUGCCAGUACUUCAUGUAUCAGCUAUUACGUGGACUGAAAUAUGUACACUCAGCAAACGUCUUACAUCGUGAUCUUAAGCCAAGCAAUUUGUUCCUAAAUGCAAAUUGCGACCUCAAGAUUGGAGACUUUGGUUUGGCGAGGACAACUUCUGAGACAGAUUUCAUGACUGAGUACGUUGUCACUCGCUGGUAUCGAGCACCUGAAUUGCUCCUUAAUUGUUCAGAAUACACAGCAGCAAUUGAUGUUUGGUCUGUUGGUUGUAUUCUUGGUGAAAUAAUGACUAGAGAACCUUUGUUUCCUGGAAAAGAUUAUGUGCAUCAGCUGAGACUCAUUACUGAGCUACUAGGUUCUCCUGAUGAUGCCAGCCUUCAAUUUCUGAGAAGUGAUAAUGCCCGAAGAUAUGUCCGACAGCUUCCCCAACAUCCUAAGCAGCAAUUUUCUGCUAGAUUUCCAAGCAUGUCUCCUUCGGCUGUUGAUUUGCUUGAAAAGAUGCUUGUCUUUGACCCAACCCGACGUAUUACAGUUGAUGAGGCUCUUUGUCACCCAUUUUUGUCAUCUCUUCAUGACGUCAACGAUGAGCCGAUUUGCCCCAGGCCUUUCAGUUUUGAUUUCGAGGAGCCCUCAAUCACUGAAGAAAAGAUCAAGGAACUGAUUUAUAGGGAGUCCGUGAAGUUUUAUCCGGACUUUGUCGAACAAAAUAUAUGACCGACUCUCCUGAAUUAUGUACCAUAUGUAGUUUUCUUCCUUCAAUUCAUUUUUUAAGUUAUGUUUUGUGGGAGGAGAGAGCUGAUAUAAACUUUUAUCUUGGUUGAGGAGAUAAAGUAUUCCUCCUAGUGAGUUGAGAUGUGAAACAUGCUUAUUUUCAUCUAUUAAAUUGUUCUCCAUUUCAAGAGCUCCACUAGGAUUAUAGUGUUUGCGAAGGUCUGAAAUCUACAUCAAUGUAUUGGUAUGCCCUUUGUUUAAUGACUAUUCAGUUCACCAUAUUGUGGACAA